AUAUACACGUUUGUACACUUAAUUAUCGCAAAAUGGGCCUUGACAUUGAUGGCUGUAUCGAGCGGCUGGAGAUUGCACAGGUAUGCCAGCAGCUAAAGCCAGUGCUAGCGGACGAGCCGAAUGUGGUUCCGAUAGCAGCACCAGUAACCGUGAUCGGUGACGUCCACGGGCAAUUCUACGACCUGCUAGAGAUUUUCAGCAUUGGCGGGAAAUGCCCAGACACAAACUACCUGUUUCUUGGCGACUACGUCGACCGCGGACACCACAGCGUUGAAACCAUCAGCCUUCUUGCAUGUUUAAAGCUGCGGUACCCGAGGCGAAUUCACCUGCUGCGCGGGAACCACGAGUCGCGGAACAUCACAAAAACGUACGGGUUCUACGCCGAGUGCAUGCAAAAGUACGGUGGUUCUGGAGGCGUCUGGCGGGAAUUCACGGAUCUCUUCGACUAUCUGACGCUGGCGGUUACCAUUGACAACAGCAUCUUCUGUGUGCACGGCGGGCUGUCGCCAUCGGUGCUGCAUGUCGACCAGCUGCGCGCAAUUGACCGGUUUGAUGAGAUCCCGCACGAGGGUGCACUGGCCGAUAUCCUAUGGUCGGACCCAGAUCCCGAGAUUAAGCAGUUUGGGAGGUCGCAGCGCGGGGCCGGGUACACGUUUGGCAGCGACAUCGUCGAGCGGUUUUUGUUCAUCAACGGCAUGUCACAUGUGCUGAGGGCGCACCAAUUGUGCAUGGAGGGGUACCUGGUGCUGUUCAAUGACAAGCUGUCGACGGUGUGGUCGGCGCCAAACUACUGCUAUCGGUGCGGCAAUGUGGCAAGCCUGCUGAAUGUCGAUCCAUAUCUGCAGCGGGACUUUAUCACCUUCGACGCAGCUCCCGAGUCAGGCAUCAGACGGGCGCCAGCCCCAGCGCCAGAGAGCAUGUACUUUAUGUAAGAAGCCCGUUAUUUUCGAUAUGUAUUCUCUCGUUUAAUCACGGCUCAAUAGAGUUUUCCAAGUGCC